AGGCCCGCCUCCCCCCGCUCCCCGGCUGCCGCUGGCCGAGCCUGCGCGGUACCGGCGCGGGAGUCCCGGGAAUGCGCCUCCGGGCCGGCUGCUCCGGGUGCAGCGGACUGUGCGGGCUGCCGCGCAGUGCCGGGGGUUGGAGCCGGCGGGCAGGGGCGCCCGGAGGUCCUGGGGAGGGGCUGGGGCCCAGGGGUCCGCGCGGGGCCCCGGCCUGGAUUGAACAAAGGAGGCUGCCUCCCCUGGUCGGAGCGGCGGCUCGAGCUGUUCUUCCCUGCUGGUCACGGCGCUAGCACCAGCCGGGCACGGUCUUAGUGUCGCCCUGUCCCUCCCGGUGCAGGUCUCAGCGCCGCCCUCUCCUUCCCCGUGCAGGUCUCAGAGCCGCCCUGUCCCUCCCGGUGCUGGCCUCAGCGCCGCCCUGUCCCUCCCGGUGCAGGUCUCUGCCGCCCUGUCCCUCCCGGUGCUGGUCUCAGCGCCGCCCUGUCCCUCCCGGUGCAGGUCUCUGCCGCCCUGUCCCUCCCGGUGCAGGUCUCAGCGCCGCCCUGUCCCUCCCGGUGCAGGUCUCAGUGCCGCCCUCUCCUUCCUGGUUUAGGUCUCAGAGCCGCCCUCUCCCUCCCGGUGCUGGGCCGGACACGGACGCGCCCGGGCCUCGCGGUCGCGCGGCGCCGGGGAUGGUUGGCGAGGCGGAGCUCCAGCGCGCCGGGCUGGGUGAAGCCUGACGGUCUAUCAUGGUCGUGUUCCGGCAGGAGAACGUGGACGAUUACUACGACACCGGCGAGGAACUCGGCAGUGGGCAAUUUGCAGUGGUAAAGAAAUGCCGCGAGAAGAGCACUGGUAUGCAGUACGCUGCCAAAUUCAUCAAGAAAAGGAGGACAAAAUCCAGCCGGCGUGGGGUAAGCCGAGAAGAUAUCGAACGGGAGGUCAGCAUCCUCAAAGAGAUUCAGCACCCCAAUGUCAUCACUCUGCAUGAGGUUUACGAGAGCAAGACCGAUGUCAUCCUGAUUCUGGAACUUGUUGCAGGUGGUGAGCUAUUUGACUUCUUAGCUGAAAAAGAAUCUCUGACUGAAGAGGAAGCAACCGAAUUUCUCAAACAAAUUCUCAAUGGUGUUCACUACUUGCACUCCCUUCAGAUAGCCCACUUUGACCUGAAGCCUGAAAACAUAAUGCUUUUGGAUAGAAAUGCCCCCAAACCUCGGAUCAAGAUCAUUGACUUUGGGUUGGCUCAUAAAAUAGAUUUUGGCAAUGAAUUCAAAAAUAUAUUUGGGACACCAGAAUUUGUUGCUCCUGAAAUAGUCAACUAUGAACCUCUCGGCCUAGCUGCAGACAUGUGGAGUAUCGGGGUAAUAACCUACAUUCUACUCAGUGGGGCCUCACCAUUUCUUGGAGACAGUAAGCAAGAAACAUUAGCAAACGUAUCUGCCGUCAGCUAUGAAUUCGAGGAAGAAUACUUCAGUAAUACCAGUGCCCUCGCCAAAGAUUUUAUAAGGAGACUCCUUGUCAAGGAUCCCAAGAAGAGGAUGACAAUUCAAGAUAGUUUACAGCACCCAUGGAUUAAGCCUAAAGACACCCAACAAGUGCUAAGUAGAAAAGCUUCAGCAGUAAACAUGGAGAAAUUCAAGAAGUUUGCAGCCCGGAAGAAAUGGAAACAAUCCGUUCGCCUAAUAUCACUGUGCCAACGACUAUCCAGGUCAUUUUUAUCCAGAAGUAACAUGAGUGUUGCCAGAAGUGACGAUACCCUGGAUGAGGAAGACUCCUUUGUGAUGAAAGCCAUCAUCCAUGCGAUCAAUGAUGACAAUGUCCCAGGCCUGCAGCACCUCCUGGGCUCUUUGUCCAACUAUGAUGUUAACCAGCCCAACAAGCACGGGACACCUCCGUUACUUAUUGCUGCCGGCUGUGGGAAUAUUCAAAUACUGCAGUUGCUCAUUAAAAGAGGCUCAAGAAUUGAUAUUCAAGAUAAGGGUGGAUCCAACGCCAUCUACUGGGCCUCUAGGCACGGCCAUGUAGACACUUUGAAAUUUCUCAAUGAGAACAAAUGCCCUUUGGAUGUUAAAGACAAGUCUGGAGAGACAGCCCUCCAUGUGGCCGCUCGCUAUGGGCAUGCAGAUGUCGUCCAGCUACUGUGCAACUUUGGCUCUAAUCCCAAUUUCCAGGACAAGGAAGAAGAAAGUCCCCUGCACUGUGCUGCAUGGCACGGGUAUUACCCUGUAGCCAAAGUCCUAUGUGAAGCUGGCUGCAACGUGAACAUUAAAAACCGAGAAGGAGAGACCCCACUCCUGACAGCCUCUGCCAGGGGCUAUCAUGACAUUGUGGAAUGUCUGGUGGAACAUGGAGCUGACCUUAAUGCCUCAGAUAAGGAUGGACACAUCGCACUUCACCUUGCUGUCAGACGAUGUCAGAUGGAAGUCAUACAAACUCUUAUCAGUCGGGGAUGUUCAGUUGAUUUCCAAGACAGACACGGCAACACCCCGCUCCAUGUGGCCUGCAAAGAUGGCAGUGUCCCCAUUGUGGUGGCGCUCUGUGAAGCGAACUGCAAUGUGGAUAUCUCAAACAAGUAUGGUCGAACGCCGCUCCACCUUGCAGCAAACAAUGGGAUUCUGGAUGUGGUCCGCUACCUCUGUCUGACUGGUGCCAGUGUGGAGGCCCUGACCUUGGAUGGAAAGACAGCAGAAGAUCUUGCUAAAUCAGAGCAGCAUGAACAUAUAGCAGGGCUCCUUGCAAGACUCCGAAAGGACACACACAGAGGACUCUUCAUCCAGCAGCUUCGACCCACACAGAACCUCCAGCCAAGGAUCAAACUGAAGCUCUUUGGCCACUCAGGGUCUGGGAAAACCACGCUGGUGGAAUCUCUUCGGUGUGGGCUUCUGAGGAGCUUCUUCAGAAGACGCCGGCCCAGACUGUCCUCCACCAACUCCACCAGGUUUCCCCCGUCCCCGCUGGCUCCGAAACCAGCAGUCUCCGUGAGCAUCAACAACCUCUGUCCAGGCUGUGAGAAUGUGAGCGUCAGGAGCCGCAGCAUGAUGUUCGAGCCGGGUCUCACCAAAGGGAUGCUGGAAGUGUUCGUGGCCCCAUCCCACCACCUGCACUGCUCCACUGAUGACCAGUCCACUAAGGCUAUCGAUGUCCAGAAUGCCUAUUUGAAUGGAGUUGGUGAUUUCAGUGUGUGGGAGUUCUCUGGAAACCCUGUUUACUUCUGCUGUUAUGAUUAUUUUGCUGCAAAUGAUCCUACAUCAAUCCAUGUCAUCGUUUUUAGUCUAGAAGAACCAUAUGAGAUUCAGCUCAAUCAAGUGAUUUUCUGGCUCAGUUUCCUAAAGUCUCUUGUUCCAGUUGAAGAACCCAUAGCCUUCGGUGGCAAACUGAAAAACCCACUCCGAGUUGUCCUGGUGGCCACCCAUGCAGACAUCAUGAAUGUUCCUCGUCCAGUUGGAGGCGAGUUUUGGUACGACAAAGACAAGUCCUUGCUGAGAGAGGUGAGAAACAGGUUUGGGAACGACCUUCACAUUUCAGAUAAGUUAUUUGUUCUGGAUGCUGGGGCUUCUGGGUCUAAAGACAUGAAGGUACUUCGAAAUCACCUACAGGAAAUCCGGAGCCAGAUCAUUUCUGUAUGCCCUCCUAUGACUCACCUGUGUGAGAAAAUCAUAUCCACACUGCCAUGCUGGAGGAAGCUCAAUGGGCCCAACCAGCUGAUGUCACUGCAGCAAUUUGUGUAUGAUGUACAGGACCAACUGAACCCUCUGGCUAGUGAAGAAGACCUAAGACAUAUCGUCCAGCAGCUCCACAGUGCUGGCGAGAUCAACAUCAUGCAGAGUGAAACAGUCCAAGAUGUGCUGCUCCUGGACCCCCGCUGGCUGUGCACCAAUGUCCUGGGGAGGCUGCUCUCUGUGGAGACCCCGCGGGCCUUGCAUCAUUACCGAGGUCGCUACACCACAGAGGAUGUCCAGCGCCUGGUGCCUGACAGUGAUGUUGAGGAGCUGUUACAGAUCCUCGAUGCCAUGGACAUUUGCGCCCGGGACCUGAGCAGUGGAACCAUGGUGGACAUCCCUGCUCUGAUCAAGACAGACAAUCUGAACCGUUCCUGGACAGAUGAGGAGGAUGAGGUGAUGGUCUAUGGUGGCGUGCGCAUUGUCCCUGUGGAACACCUGACCCCCUUCCCUUGUGGCAUCUUCCACAAGGUCCAGGUGAACCUGUGCCGAUGGAUCCACCAGCAGAGUGCCGAAGGAGAUGCAGACAUCCGCCUGUGGGUGAAUGGCUGCAAAAUUGCCAACCGUGGUGCAGAGCUCUUGGUGCUCUUGGUUAACCAUGGCCAAGGCAUUGAGGUCCAGGUCCGUGGUCUAGAGACAGACAAGAUCAAAUGCUGCCUUCUGCUGGACUCGGUGUGCAGCACCAUUGAGAACGUCAUGGCCACCACAUUGCCGGGGUUGUUGACAGUGAAGCAUUACCUGAGCCCCCAGCAGCUGAGGGAGCACCAUGAGCCUGUCAUGAUCUACCAACCACGAGACUUCUUCCGGGCACAGACCCUGAAAGAGACCUCACUGACUAACACCAUGGGUGGCUACAAAGAAAGUUUCAGUAGCAUCAUGUGCUUCGGUUGUCAUGAUGUCUACUCACAGGCCAGUCUUGGGAUGGACAUCCAUGCCUCAGAUCUAAACCUUCUGACCCGAAGGAAACUCAGUCGCCUGCUGGACCCACCUGAUACCAUGGGGAAGGACUGGUGCCUUUUGGCCAUGAACUUGGGUCUCCCUGACCUUGUGGCAAAGUACAACACUAAUAGUGGGGCUCCAAAAGAUUUCCCGCCAAGCCCAGUCCAUGCUCUGCUCCGGGAGUGGACAUCCUACCCGGAGAGCACAGUGGGCACCCUCAUCUCCAAACUGCGGGAGCUGGGGCGUCGUGAUGCAGCGGAUUUUCUAAUGAGGGCAUCCUCUGUCUUCAGAAUCAACCUCGAUGGCAGUAGUCCAGAAGCCUAUGCUUCCAGCUGUAACAGCGGCACAUCUUAUAAUUCUAUUAGUUCAGUUGUGUCCCGGUGAGGGCAGGCUCUGGCUCAGCAAGGUCCUUUCGAUUGCAAAAGCAAGGAAGAUAUGACCCAUCUUUCCCAUUGCAGAUUCUGGUUGUGUCUCUCUGCAUGUCCACACAGUAAAGCCUAGUGCUCUGCUGCCACUUCUCCUGUUUGUCUGCCACUACCUCCCUGUCUCACAAAUUACACUUUUUCACAAAUGGUCUUUGUGUUUAAAUGUGGAACGUCCUGUUCUGUGACCAUUUGAAAUGCUCUUGUGCCUCCUCUGUUACCUGGAUUCCAUUCUUUAUUCUCCAGUCUGUGCUUCUUACUGAUACUUUAACUGGAAUUUCUAACUUUACAGUGAAAUUUUUUAAACUUCUAUAAUAAUUAUCCUUUUGGGGGGAAAUGUGCACAUUGAUCCAAAAUGUGUAUUUCUUAGACACUUUUCUUUGUUAUAUCAUGUCCUCAGCUUCUUUUAUAUUUGUAGGAAAUCUCUCCUGUAUGGAAUCCUACUGUAUGAUUUAUAAACAAAUAAUAUGUGAGUGCCUUUCGCAGAAGGGGGUGUGUUUGAAGUCAUCCAAAUUAGCAAAGAGCUGUUGUAAAGAAAAAUGCUUCCUCUCUGUACCUUGCUGUAUACUGAUUAUCACCAGAGGUGCUUCAGUCUGAGGUUUCUCCCCAGCAUCUGUGUUUCAUCUGGCAAGGAUAGGGGAGAGAGAAAUCCUCCUCCAGAGUGAUUUCAUGGCCAGUGUUGUUACAGUAAGAGAUAUUUUAUUUGCAUUUGUUGAUAUCAACACAGUACUACAAAUUAUAGUGUUUUAUCAUUCCUUCUCAUCUCGGGUAGAAGGUUGACACAGUUCUAGGAUAGUCUAGACCUGUGUGGAAAUUCAAAAGACCCUGAUCGUAUUUGUAGUAUCCCAUUGUCAUUUGUGCAUAGGAUAUGGAUUUCCACAUUUAGAUCCUGGUUUUAUAACAUUUAGAUCCUGGUUUUAUAACUCGCUUGUGUGAAGUCUAAAAAAAAGGAAAUGAAGCAAGUUUCUUGCGGUGAAUUUAAAUUGUCAUAAAGUUUUUAAUUGAUAUGAGGGAAUGUAUGCAAAUUCUGUCCUGGAAAGCAUGUAAUUUUAAUAUUUUAAUGUACAGUAUGUAUAUACACACACAUAUAUAUGGUAUUUUUACUUAAUCUAUGAACUGUAAAACAUUUGGUUUUCUUCCCUUUUUUUCUUUUUUUAAAAUAAAUAAGCACCUGCUUGCUUCA